GCCAUCUCGACACCGACAGCAAAUCGUAUCGACAGCAACACCACAACGACCAUCUUCACGACAUCCACAGCAAGUGUGAAUCUAGAUUUACAGAUUCAGUAGUACAAGCACAGGGAACACCAGACUUUCCGCUUCUGGACCACCAGCUUGCCCAAAAUGGUUCUCACCGGACACUGCCUCUGCAAGGCCGUCACGUACAAGGUCGAUGUGGAUGCGCCCAUAAUUACCGGAUACGACCAUUGUGACGACUGCCAGCGCCAGACCGGCUCGACUUAUUCACUCGUCGUCGUCGUGCCCAAGGACAAGCUCACCAUCGACGGCCCGACCAAAUCGUGGGCAGGCAAGGGCAGCUCAGGCAAGGCCGUCCACCGCAUCUUCUGCAGCGAGUGUGGCUCGCCUAUUGCCCACGACCCUGAUGCUGUCCCGGAGAUUAUUGCUCUCAAGGGCGGCACUCUCGACGCGGAGAUCAAGAAGACCCUCAAGCCUGACACCGAGAUUUGGACUGUCGGCAAGCUUCCCUUUUGCCAAGAGAGCCUGGCCAAGCCCUUCACGCACAUGCCCAAGGAAGGAUAGAUAACCGUCCGGUAGAGGGUAUCAUGGCCGAAUUUGUUUGUUUGGAGAUGAUGGCAUAUGAGAGAUUGCAUAGUUUCAGCAGCGACGGCAGAUCACGAGGAGGAAUCACAUCAAGCAAACAAACAAUCAAACCAGAUGAUAAGCAUCUUGUUGCAAAUUUUAGGGAUAUUCAAGGCAUAGUGAAAAGCCAUGAUCACCUGAGAACUCUUUGUCACUGGUUUACUGAUGAACGGAGUGAGAAGCAAAAGUUCCAAAGACCACCAUAAGGUGCGGGUGUGGGCAGACACGCAAGAAGGGAGACACCGAUGGAUAGAAAAGGAGAAGCAACUACAGCACAGAUCUAGUCGCAAGUGCCCAGAAACCCAGUGAAACCAGUACCCGGCUCUUUCCCGUCCUCAACCCCGCGGCUGCCCUCGACACCGAAGGGGAAUCACCGGUUGUGGUCCCAACCCCCGAG